AUGGUACAAUGUGGAUUAGUUUCUUUAUUGGCUCCUUAUAUUUGUGAUUUUAAUAUUGCUUUGGCUUUAAUGUAUCAAUUAAGUAUGGAAGAAGAUGCAAAAGCUAUGAUUGCAUUCACUGAUUGUAUUUCUAUUUUAUCAAAUUUAUUACUUAAUCAAAACAACAACAACAAACAAAUUAAUUUUAAAAAUAAAAGAAUUCAAUUAAUUAAAUGUUUGUUGAUAAAUAUUGUUUUGGAAAAAAGAAAUGCUCAAUUAAUUUGUGGAACAAAUGGGCAAGGUUUGGAUGCUUUGAUCUCUUUAAUUUUUGAAAUUGAAAAAUGUGAGGAUACAUUGACUAUUAAGAUAGCACGUAAUAUAGUUACACAUGAAGGUCCAACACGUGAAAUGUUUGGUAAAUGGAUGCCUAAAAUUGUUGAAAAUUUUAUUACAAAGUUAACAACAACAACAGAAAAUUCUUUUCAAAAUUAUAUUUUUGCAUUAGAAUGUCUAGGAAUUUGUGUAUUAAUUCCAGAAGUUGAUUGGCUCGAAUUGGAUCAAAAUUUUGAAAUUUUAAAUUUUUUGAAGAAUUUAUUUGAAAAGAUUUUUGAUGGAAAUUUGAAUAAAUUUGGGGUAAUUAAUGAUGAUUUGGUUUUGCAGGCAGUAAUGUUUUGUGGUACUUUAGCUUCUCAUAAUUUACAAAUGGCUGAAAAAGUGGAAAGUGAACUGUUACCUUUUGUUGUCAAAAUAAUUAAAAUCCGCCAAGAAGACGAUGAAAUAAUUUUACAAUCAAUUUUUGCAAUUAUUUGUUUACUUUCUUAUGGAGGGAAUUUAGCUAAACGUUUAUGUAUUGAAGAAAAUGAAGAAUCAAUAAUUGGAAUUUUAUUAAAUUUUCUGCACAACAAAAAUCCAAAAAUUUGUCAACUUUGUGAUAAAGCACUUGAAAAGGCUGCUGAAAUUAGUAAUUACUGGAGAAAACGAAUUAGCGAAGAAAAAUUUUGUUGGCACAAUUCUCAAUGGUUAGAAAUGGUUAAACAAACAACAACAAAUGAACAAUUAAAUAAUUCAGAAUAUGAUAAACUUUUUGAAGAUGAAUAUUUAUUGCCCUCUGGAUUGGUUUUGGAUUCUGAAGAACUUUUAAGAGAUUCUGAAUUUCUGAAUAGUGUAGUUGCCCCUAUUCAGAGAAGAUAA